UCAAACAAAUGACGUCAUUCGCAGCUGAUAUCCGGUGAUCUUGCUGCAUUGCCGGCCAUUGGGUUUAUGAGGGAUGGCAGGGUUUAGUGGAGCUCUAAAGCUGACAGAUCUGGACGACUUUAUAACUCCGUCGCAGGCGUGCGUGAAGCCGGUGACAGUCGAGAAAAAGCCGGGAAAGGGAGUUGCCUCGAUCAAGAUAGGACCUGAUGGGACAUACUCCCAAGUAGAUGAGGAAGGAUCUGAAGUGGUGUUAGAGAAGGCAACAAUAUCAUUGAAUGACUGCUUGGCUUGCAGUGGAUGUGUGACAUCAGCCGAAAGUGUUCUCAUCUCACAGCAGAGUCAGGAAGAGGUUUACAGGGUGGCCGAGGAAAACAAGAAACUGAAACAGGAGGGAAGAGGAGGGGAAGGAAAAGUGAUUGUGGUGUCCAUAUCCCCACAAGCCAGAGCCUCUAUUGCUGCCAAAUUCAACCUCACAGUCCAGCAGGCGGCAGAAAAGCUGGUGACUUUUUUCAAAGACAUCGGAGCUCACUACGUCUUUGAUCUGACUUUUGCCAGAGAUUUCGCUCUCAUUGAAAGUGCCCGCGAGUUUGUGAGGAGAUUUCGUAACUCUACGGCCAAAUGCUCUCUCCCAAUGCUUACUUCGGCCUGUCCCGGGUGGGUAUGCUAUGCUGAGAAGACCCACGGGACCUACAUCCUCCCGUACAUCAAUACAACUAAGAGUCCUCAGCAGAUAAUGGGCUCCUUGGUAAAGUCACACUCCAUCAGCAAGACGCCAAGUGAUAUCUACCACGUGUGCGUCAUGAUGUGCUACGACAAGAAGCUCGAAGCUUCGAGAAGUGAUUUCUAUAGCGACCUGUACCGAACUAGGGAUGUCGAUUGUGUCAUUACUUCAGUUGAAGUGGAGAAGAUGUUUAAAGAAAGAGAAGUCGAUUUUUCCUCCCUCCCUCCCCUCCCCUUGGACUCACCGUUCUCCAGCUCAGAAAAGGGGGCGUACUAUGGACAUGGUGGAGGUGGCUCGGGUGGCUACCUGGAAUAUACAUUGAAGUAUGCAGCAUAUGAGCUGUAUGGACAGGAUGUGAAAGAAGUGACUUAUAAAACUCUUCGUAACAGAGAUUUCCGCGAAGUCACACUCGAGGUAGGUGGGCAGCCGGUGUUGAGGUUUGCAGCUGCCUAUGGUUUCAGGAACAUUCAGAACCUGGUCCAGAAAAUGAAGAGAAGGAAGUGCGCGUAUCACUUUGUGGAAGUCAUGGCUUGUCCCUCAGGCUGUCUGAAUGGUGGGGCCCAGAUCCGACCCAGUGAGGAGGAGACAGCAAAAGACGUCCUCGCUAAAGUCGACAGCCUCUACAACUCUGUCACGCUAAGAAGACCUGAAGAGAACCAUGAGAUCGAGAAACUUUAUAGGGGGACUCCGCGACAGGAUAUACCGCAUCCGGUCUUCAGCGACGCUGCAAUGUACGACGACGUGUUCGACAAGGAAGGCCGCCUACUGAGCGGUAGAAACACGGCCAAGUUCAGCAGUCCCCUACACACCGUGGGAUACAACAGUCUCAAUGAUCCGCACUGUCGAAAGUUGUUUCUGAACAACAAACGUCUUCGAUCACACCUCAUCAAUCUUGGCUUGAUCACGGACGAUUUGAAGGUGGUUGCUACGACGAAAGAGCAGCGGCAGAAGAUAAGAGCCCAUGAGCUUCUUGAGAGAAAAGAGAUGCUAGCACAAAAACUGGAGUGCAGGGAGAAGGAGAGACUAGGGCGACUGUGCCAGCCAUUCAACGUUCCCCGGACCUACCAGGACUCUGUCGCCAGACACGAAUACAGGCAGCAGCAGUGGAGCCAGGUGCAGGAGAUGAAAACGAAAAAGAUCAUACGACAGCAAGAGCAAGAGAGAGAGGAGACGUGCAGGAAACUGAGGCGGAAGAAGGCAGAGUUGGAGGCAGCAAUGGACGAGGCCAGAUUACAGGAGCAAGCCCGCAGGAACGCUCUCAGGGUCCAGCAACAGGUGGCAGAAAUACGAGCAUACGAGAAAGCCUACGGAAGGACGGCUCACUGGCAUCGUGAAGCAGAUAAGAUUAACAACAGAAUGGUAGCUAUGAAAUUACAGUGGGCAAAGAAAAAACAACGGAGCGUGCUCUCACAGUCUUUUCCACCACCCUCCCAAUAUCGGCAAACCUCUCAAGAGGACAACGAUAAGCUCAAAACAUUGCCCAAACUUCACAUUCAGGAGAAUAAGAUGGGAAAGGUCACCACAUCCCCUAGAGUUACUAGAGAGGGAGAGAGUGAGGGAGAAGGAGAGAGAGCGGAAGAGAAAGACAGAGAACCAAGCGGUGAACCUUUGCAAGGGAGAGAAGAACUGACAAAGGGAAUUCAAGACCCGCGACCUGAGAGCACUGUGAGAGAAGAAAUGAAAACCACACCCACUCACGAGGAAGACGAGAAGAGGGAAAUUCCUCCACAAACAGGAUUGGACCCUGACGAGCCAGUAACAAAGGGUUUGCCCCUCCCACCACGCCCUGAAUCUCCUCUCCCCACGCAACAAGGAUUGCCCGUUGUUGGAGCACCACAUCAGCAGCAGGACCUUGUUGCCGAGGGCGACCAAGCCAAGCAGGAGCUCGCAAAGAUUCUAAUUGAUGCCCUCCUCAGUGUUGAGGGUGAGGGAGGGACUGGAUAUAUCACAGUAGAGGACUUCUUGCAAGUUCUUACGUCUCCUGAUCUCGGGCUACAGCUGGAAGAAAACGAACAAACUUACGUCACUUCUCAGGUGGAUCCAGGUGCCAGUGGAGUGGUGGACUACAGAGAAGCUGCCGCUCUAGUUCCGGAACUUCUCCAGCUGAUAUUCUCACAGAGAGCAGAGCAGAGCAUGCAAUACUAUGGGUAUUAUGUGGAGGAGGAGUGGGUGCAGAUGUAUCCGGUGUCAGGGGGCGUGAUCUACCUCAACAAGUUGACUGGGAGGCUCCAGAGCGGCCGUCCCGAGGAAUACAGACCUUUCCUCAAGGACGAAGUGUUUGAAUAUUCUCUGGUGGAUUUCUUUGAGACUGCAGACACCGAUAGGGAUGGAGUCAUCGACUAUGAAGACUUCUACAAUCUCCUAGCGUCUCCUCAAGUGACCUCUAGGGUGUACCGUGGUCAGAUGGAAGAGCUGCUAGGGCUAUACCAGUCCCUGACGUUCGAGACAGGUGGCCAGAUGGACCUAGCCCUGUUCCCAGCUGUAGGCAACCCUCUCCUGCUCAUGAUCUAUCAGAAUGCCUACCCUGACGUGGAGGAGUGGAUUGAGCUGGAGUCAAAGAAAUUCGGAGUGUUUUGGUUGAACAAGACCACAGGAGAGAUAGCUCUGCAGCAGGGGGAGGAGAGGUCAGAGGUCAUUGUGGGUGGGGCAGAUGGGUCAUCUCUUGUCGAGGGAGGGAGGGCGAGGAAAAAGAGCAGGUCAAAGAAGAAAAGAAAGCACAGAAAGAAGUCCAUAGAAAGUGAGUCUGCUCAAUCACCACCGGACCCUCUAUUAACUACCCAGACUGAGACCCAAUCCAGCAAUCAAGGGGGUGACCCCUAUCAUAACGAGUCUCCCUCACAACCAAUAACCCAUUCUUCGAUGAACGAGUCCUCACUCGAUGAACAGGAGCAGAGAUCUGACUCACUAAAGCCGGUUAGCUCCAGAAGUCGACUCUUGGUUCCGACCGUGUUUGAAACUAUCCCCGAAGAAGACGAAACAGCUCUGGACGACAGUCUGGUGGCAGGGCGUGGUAUUGGAGAUGGUGGGGAGAGGAAGAUGGAGGGAGAGCGACAUAAACUUGGACAGGAAGUGGAAGAGAGGAAAGGAGAGAAAACAGAAGAAACGGCAGAAAAAGAAAUAAAGACCCAAGGAGAAAAGGCAGCACACAAGCAGGGAGAGAGGAAGGAGCAGGGAGACGACGAAGAAGUGUUAGAGCACACAGAGAGAAAAGAAGGAGAGAAUGAAGGGGGGGUAAAGGAAGAGGUUGAAGAUAAAACGACCCUAACAGAAGAAAGAAAAGGCACUAGUGACAACGAUAAUCGCGUGGAGACUGAGACCAAGACCGUAGACAGCAGUGAUGCAGAGACAUAAACCUUUGCAUCACACACACCCAUCUAAUGUCACUAUACACACAAAACCAUCCUACAGUUCAUUCCUAUGGUGAUACACUGUGGUAUGAUGUUA